CGCCUCUAUUAACGCACAUAUUAUUGCGUUAACCACGGAGCUCAGAUAAAGACAGGUUAGCGUGCGACUUUUCCUUUUUAGAUUUAAUGACAUCAAGUAUAACUGGAUCUCGAUAUGGUCUUAAAUUUUAACGCCACUUAAAAUCAAACCGUGUGAGGCAUCUCGUGUGAUUUCGCUAGUCUUCGAUCAUGUGUUACCAGCCACUGAUGGCUAGCAGCUAUCCGAAGUAGCGAAUACCGAUAAACAGUUGAGUAAAGUAAAAUAUCUGACAUUAUCGUUUAAAACUGAAAGUGUGCGGUGGAACGAAAUGUCAGUGUCCUCUGUUCCUUGUAUUUAAGUUUUCUCAUGAACGGUUUAACGUCUACGAGUUAGUUUUGUUUAGCUAGUAGCUAACUAUGUUCACAGAGCUCAACAGCAUUCUGAACACAUCACCAGACAGCUUCACACAGGGAGAUUUUAUACUCGUGUCGGGCAGACAGUCUGAUGCCUCAUUUCUCAUUCACCAUUUCCUCUCUUUUUACCUACGAGCUCGCUGUAAAGUGUGUUUCCUGGGCCUUGUUCAGUCCUUCAGUCAUUAUAGUGCAGUCUGCCAGAGACUGGGUGUUAGUCUAGCACAGGCAAAGGAAAAACGACAGCUAGUUUUCCUGGAGGGACUGCAGGAAGGAUUGUCUGUCUUCAUUCCUCAAGAUGACACCACAGGAAACAAAGCUCUCAGUUUCCUCAGCAGGGAUCCAAUGGUGGGUUUGCAAAACUUGUACGAGUUUGUCCGGUCCAGUGUAAGCAGUCCAGGUGGUGGUGAGGAGGGCUCAGAUGGGUCAGAGCAGUGGGGACCUCCAGUGUUAUUGGUGGAUGACCUCAGUGUCCUGCUGAGUCUGGGUGUGAGUGCCAGAGCUGUGCUGGACUUCAGCCACUACUGCAGAGCCUCCCUCUGCUCCCAGCUACAGGGGAAUGUAGUGAUGCUGCUCCACUGUGAGGAGGAGGAAGAAGAGGAUGAUGGAGACGACGAAGGCUCCGAGAGGCUCCUGAAAGGCCUGAUCCACCAGUGCUGUCUGGCCCUGCACGUACAGGGUCUCCCUACUGGAUACUGCAGAGACAUCCAUGGACAGGUGGAAGUGUGUUGGAGAAGAAGACAGGGUGAUGGGCAGCACACACAGAAUAAGGUCUUUCAGUACAAGGUCCAUGAUAAAGGAGCCUCCUUCUUUGCUCGUGGGACAUCUAGUGCUGUUCUUUAGUCUCAUUUUGAAAGAUUAGCAAACUUUAUAUUUACCAUUACAAAUCAAGUGUGAAUUGCCAUUGUUAAAAAUCUGGAAUGAAACUCAUCAUCUGGAGGACAAGCUUCAAUGAUUUUUGUCAGCUGAAAUUGUGAAAGCACACAGCAUUUGGCCAUGACAUUAUUUUUUGACAUUGUGGCUGGAAAACUAUUUUCAUAGUUCACAGUAGAUGUACGGUGCAGUGAUUUCUGCCUAUCAUGUUAUUCGUUAUGUGAUGCAGUGCUCAAUAAAUGAGACUUAUUUUCACCAGGAA